GCGGUAACACAAUGUCCCUCCAUCCCGUUCAAUAUUCAGCUGGGUGUCCCUUCUGUUGGCCCCGCCCACACCAGUUGCUACUGGGAAGGUGAGGCAGCAGAGAUGCAGCUAGGUGGCAUCACCAGAGACAGCCUGGGAGGGAAGGCUGACUGCAGACACCAUUGCCAUGGAUGGCCUGAUGUGGGCUACCCGUAUCCUCUGCUUGCUGAGCCUGUGCGGAGUUACACUGGGUCACCUCCACCUAGAAUGUGACUUCAUCACUCAGCUGAGAGACGAUGAGCUUGCAUGUCUUCAGGCGGCAGAGGGGACCAACAACACCUCCCUGGGAUGCCCUGGGACCUGGGAUGGGCUGCUGUGCUGGCCCCCGACAGGCUCUGGCCAGUGGGUCUCUCUCCCCUGCCCUGAAUUCUUCUCUCACUUCGGCUCAGACACAGGGUUUGUGAAGAGGGACUGCACCAUCACUGGCUGGUCUAAUCCCUUCCCACCAUACCCUGUGGCUUGCCCUGUGCCCUUGGAACUGUUAACCAAGGAGAAAUCGUACUUCUCCACGGUGAAGAUCAUCUACACCACGGGCCACAGCAUCUCCAUUGUAGCCCUCUGCGUGGCUAUUGCCAUCCUGGUUGCCCUCAGGAGGCUCCACUGCCCCAGGAACUACAUCCACACGCAGCUGUUUGCCACCUUCAUCCUCAAGGCCAGUGCUGUGUUCUUGAAGGAUGCCGCCAUCUUCCAGGGGGAUAGCACGGACCACUGCAGCAUGUCCACUGUCCUGUGCAAGGUCUCUGUGGCCAUCUCACAUUUGGCCACCAUGACCAACUUCAGCUGGCUGUUGGCAGAAGCUGUCUACCUGAGCUGCCUGUUGGCCUCCACAUCCCCCAGGUCCAAACCAGCUUUUUGGUGGCUGGUCCUGGCUGGCUGGGGGCUCCCCGUGCUAUGCACUGGUACGUGGGUGGGCUGCAAACUGGCUUUUGAGGACACUGAGUGCUGGGACUUAGACAACAGCUCCCCCUGCUGGUGGAUCAUCAAAGGACCCAUAGUCCUCUCUGUUGGGGUGAACUUUGGGCUGUUUCUCAAUAUAAUUUGUAUCCUGCUGAGGAAGCUGGAGCCUGCACAAGGCGGCCUACACACACGGGCUCAGUACUGGUACCAUUCAUGUGUGUGUGCAUGCACAUGUGGAUGUGUCGUGUGUGUGUGUGUGUGUGUGUGUGUGUGUAUGUGUGUGUGUGUGUGUGUGUGUGUGUGUGUGUGUGUGGUAUGUAUCUGGAGAACCAUCAUGGAAAGCACUUGGAGGGAAUGUCAUUUGUUUUUGUCUCGUUUGGCAGCUAUCCCUUACCCUGGUCCUGUCCUCUUCCCCAUGUCCCUAGAGAGAGAACAGAUCUGGGCCCUGCCUCCCAUGAGAUUACAGUACAGGGAAGUGGCACACAAAGCUGCCAGUUACCAUGGUAAAUGGCUGACAAGGGCUGCAUCUAUUUCUAUGGGGCCCGGAGAAGGAGAUUAUGUCUAAAUGAGAAAAAGGGGCAAUUAGAGAAGGGUUCCUGGAAGAAUUAAACUUUGAAAGAUGUACAUAGACUCUGGAGUAGCCGGGAUAACUGCAGGGCCACAUAGUGUGAUGGCCCUUAAAAGUCAAGAAGCCCAGAGGUCUGUGUGGAGGACAGAGUCUCCAGGAUGGAUGAUGAUGGACAGCUUCAGAGUCUAGAAUUUGUCUUC